UAAAACGGCUUGCAGUCAAAGCCAAAACGUAGUUACACUGUAUAUGCAAGCACAGAGGCGGGACACCAGUGAGAAGAUGCCUUUUACCGUGGAUGACUACACAUUUUACGACGAGCUUGGUAGUGGGGCAUUCGGGACCGUGUUCCAGGCUAAGAAGAAUGGACGCGGCCGUGAUUUUGCCGUGAAGCGAGUUUCCAUAAAAGGGAAUAAUGUAGACAGAGAACUUGACUCCCAAAGUGAUUUACCGAGUUGUCGCUUUGUCGUCUCACUUGUCGACCACUUCUUCUCGAAUAAAUACAUGUAUCUAGUCUUGGACUACUGCAACAGCGGGACUCUUAACGACUACAUGGCCGAGCACAACGUUUCGGACAAGCGUCGGGUCAGUUUCAUGCAGGACAUGAUAGAAGGUCUCAAACAUCUUCACGAUCACAGCAUCGUUCACAGGGAUAUAAAACCGGAUAACAUCCUGAUGCAUACUCGCAAAGGAAGGAGACCAAUUUGUAAGUUGUCCGAUUUUGGUCUAGCUCGUUACAAUGGGAGCGAAACAGAUUCCUACUAUGAUGAAAACUACUACCUUCAGACAGGAUGUGGUACAAUGUAUUACAUCGCCCCUGAGGUGCUGACCGGACAUUAUACAGAGGCGUGUGACAUAUUCUCCCUCGGUGUGGUGUUCUACGCCAUGUAUGCUGAAGAAAUAAUGGACGACUCCGACGGUGAUACUCUGAUUGCAACCGUCGACAACGACACACCUUUCUACCAAGCGUCGAACAAGAGUAUCAGAAGGAGGGUGAGCUGGGCUGUGGACGACAGGGCGAUUGCUGAGUGUAUUAAGGACAUGGUUCAGAAGGACUAUCACAAGCGGGUGGACAUUGAUGAGCUGGAGCUCAACUUCAGGAUGGCUACUAAAAUGUAGUGAUCCUUUGAUCGACGAUGCCCAUUGCAAACGCUGUUGUGUCAUGACAAAUAUUCAGACUGAUUAAAAUGAACAAUGAUGUCCAGCUCAUGUGAAGUCUUGUGAAAUCAAAGUAUCAUUAAAAAAAACAACGUUUGUAUAUUUUCUUAUUGUACAUGUAUUACAAAGAUGUUACUAGAUGUAUGGUCACGUGUAUACGUAUUCAUGCCAUUAACGACUAUCAUGUAUUUAAGUGAACAUUUAAUUCGACCAGAUCAUUUUAACGCCAUAUUAUUCCAGAUAUGUUAACCGCUCUUUGAAGAAGGAGGUUAAUUACUUUGUUUGUCCAAACGGGAAUGCAGACAGUGACAAUUAUAUUUAGUAUUAUCCUGUUCUGGACAGGCUAUUCACUGGACAACUCUGAAGGACAGAGUUGAUACAUGACCACUCGUUUGAGAAAGACAUUGUAACCAUGACAGGAGAUGGAUGGUCAAUCACUGGGAGUACACCACCCAGAUAACAACUUAUGGGAUAAACUCUCGUCCAGGUCAAGAGGUCAGAGCUUUUAACUACUGCGUUAGUUAAUUAGCAGAGACAGAGAGAUAACUUGGGUAGACCAACGGCGUAAACAUCCUCAUCACCACACAGUGAGAAGGGUCUAAGUGGGAGUUGGAAAUUGAGAGCCAGAACCACCUUGUACUUCCAGUAAAUAAACCUUCUUCCUGAAUU